CCUUUGCCAACAACUACAACCUCACCAGGCCUCUGCUACUGCUACUUAUUCAACUUUUUUAAAACUAGUCUCUGCUUUUCAAAAUCCUUCUUAAAGAGAGACAAUGGCUUCUUCUAUUCUUAGAACCAGUUUUCUUCCUCUUUUCCAUUCUCAAGAACCCCAUUCUUUUCCAAGCUCAACGAAUUUAGCCACUCUGGAAUUGAAGUACAAAAAAGUGAUAGCUGCUGAGGAAAAAAAUGCAAGUGAGGAAGUGAGAACCAUGGUGAAAAGAGACCACAAAACAAAGCAGAAUGGAGGGAUCAAGAAGUACCUCAACUUCUCGGGAGAGAAGCCCUCAACUCCAAUUCUGGACACCAUAAACUACCCUAUUCACAUGAAAAACCUAUCCACUGAGGAACUUGAAGUGUUAGCCAAUGAACUGAGAGAAGAGAUUGUUUACACGGUUUCAAGGACUGGGGGUCACCUAAGUUCAAGCCUCGGAGUGGCUGAGUUAACAGUCGCACUUCACCAUGUAUUUGACUGUCCCGACGAUAAGAUUAUUUGGGACGUGGGGCAUCAGUCGUACCCGCAUAAAAUUCUAACAGGCAGGAGAUCAAGAAUGCACACAAUUCGACAGACUUGUGGGCUUGCAGGCUUUCCAAAGAGGGAUGAGAGUCUAUAUGAUGCCUUUGGUGCUGGCCAUAGUUCUACCAGCAUUUCAGCUGGCUUAGGAAUGGCAGUUGGUAGAGACUUGCUAGGAAAAAAGAACCAUGUAAUUUCGGUUAUAGGAGAUGGGGCCAUGACAGCCGGACAAGCAUAUGAGGCAAUGAACAAUGCAGGUUAUCUUGACACAAAUCUUAUCAUAAUUUUGAACGACAAUGAGCAAGUCUCCUUGCCCACUGCCACCGUGGAUGGUCCCGCUCCCCCCGUUGGAGCUCUAAGUGGAGCCUUAACAAGGCUGCAUUCAAGUAGAAAGUUCCACCAGCUACGUGAAGUUGCAAAGGGCAUCACAAAGAAGAUUGGAGAACAAACACACGAAAUUGCAGCUAAAGUCGAUUCCUGCAUGAGAGGGAUGGUGGGUGGUGCUCGAGCAUGUUUGUUUGAAGAACUUGGACUAUUCUAUAUUGGCCCAGUAGAUGGUCACAACGUGGAAGACCUUGUCCAUAUUUUGAAAAAAGUGAAGGACCUGCCAUCUCUAGGACCUGUGCUUAUCCAUGUUACCACUGAGAAAGGAAAAGGCUAUGCUCCAGCUGAAGUUGCAGCUGAUAAAAUGCAUGGGGUGGUAAAAUUUGAUCCCAAGUCAGGGAAACAGCAAAAAUCAAAAUCGAGUACUCAAUCCUACACCAAGUACUUUGCAGAGUCAUUGAUUGCUGAAGCAGAGAGAGAUGAUAGAAUAGUAGCCAUUCAUGCUGCAAUGGGAGGGGGUACAGGACUUAAUUUAUUCCAGAAGCAAUUCCCAGAUAGAUGUUUCGAUGUUGGGAUAGCUGAGCAACAUGCUGUUACCUUCGCUGCUGGCCUAGCUGCUGAAGGACUAAAGCCCUUUUGUGCUAUCUACUCUUCUUUUUUACAGAGGGGUUAUGAUCAGGUUGCUCAUGAUGUAGACCUACAAAGGCUCCCAGUGAGAUUUGCUAUAGACAGGGCUGGCCUUGUUGGUGCAGAUGGUCCAACCCAUUGUGGCGCCUUUGACACAACUUUCAUGGCUUGUUUACCUAACAUGGUGGUCAUGGCUCCUUCGAACGAAACUGAACUCAUGCACAUGGUGGCUACAGCUGCUGCCAUUGAUGACCGGCCUAGUUGCUUUAGAUACCCAAGAGGAAGUGGCAUUGGUUCCAUUCUUCCACCAAAUAACAAAGGGACACCUUUGGAGGUUGGUAAGGGAAUUGUGCUAAGGGAGGGAAGUAGGGUGGCUAUUUUGGGUUAUGGGACAAUAGUACAAAGCUGUAUUGCAGCAGCAGAGCUGCUUCAAGUUCUUGGCAUCUCAAUAACUGUGGCCGAUGCUCGAUUCUGCAAGCCUCUUGAUGGAGAUUUAAUUAGAGGCUUAGCUCAAGAACAUGAGUUCCUCAUCACUGCUGAAGAAGGAUCUAUCGGAGGAUUUAGCUCUCAUGUUUCCCACUUCUUGGGAUUGAAUGGAUUACUUGAUGGAAAUCUCAAGUGGAGGGCUAUGCUGCUCCCUGAUAGAUAUAUUGACCACGGAGCUCAAACAGACCAAAUGGAAGCAGCAGGGCUUAGUACAAAGCAUAUUGCAGCUACUGUUUUGUCACUGAUAGGCAACCCAAGGAUGGAUAGUGUUCACUUUCUCAACAUGUAGAGGAAUUUCUUCCAAUUAUUGCACUGCAAUGGAACUUGACCUCAAAAGUGGUAGUCUUGUCCUAUGCGUACAUGUUUAACCAAAUGUAUUAGCAAUACUUAAAUUAUAUGUAAAUUGUAAAUAAAUGUACUCUAGAAAUCUUCUUGACUCAAAAACACUACCUACUUAAUUUAAAGCAUAUUUAAAUA